ACAGAGGCAUGCGUCCGCAAGCGCCGUGGCGGAGUCCCCUUCCUUUCUCGCUGCCUCCCAAUGUCGUCGUCCUUGUGCUCCUCCUCCUAUGCUGCCGUCCGCUCACUGGGAAAGAAGCCAAGGAGGCCGCGGAAGGCAGCUCGACGCCCAUGGACGCCGGGAAGGAGCAUGUGCGUCCCCUAGGGUUGACCUCGACGGGGCCGGAAGGGAAAGAGUCGGAGCCGCUCAAUUUUUUGUACGAGCAAAUGAAGAGCCAGGCGGAGCUGUUGAAGGAAGGCUACGCGUGCUUUGUGACAGGAGAAUGCAUAGCGUGCUCCGCGGAGGAGAUGAGUCAAGCCUUUUGUCAAACGAGUAAACGCCGGGAGGAGGUUACCUGCGAGCGGGAGGAAGUCGUGGACGGAGCCACCCACAUGAGGACUUACACCACUUACUCCGCCUGUGCUCGCACCUCGUCAGACAGUCUGGUAGAGGUGCUGCGGUUUCAAGCCGCGAUGGCCACGGUGGGCGGCUUGGCGUUUUACGGCGCGAGGCACCAGAAAGUGAAGCAUUUGACAUUGUACGAACGGAGGACCGGGGCGGGAAGGUGA